UCGAGUCAAAACAAAUGAAAGAUGUCUCUAGAGUGCGAGCCACGCCCCUGCAAUGCAAUUCCGCAUGGAACUUUCGAUCUGAGCUGAUGAAAUACUUUUGUGCUUGACAAUUUUACAAAAUUUUAUCGAAUAGCCUUCAAGAAAGCCUUUUUGAAGGAAAGGACGUAAUUUGAACUUUUAUCCUCGAUUUAAAAAAAUCAACACGGCGAUGAGAGGGGUCAGGUCCAUCUUCGGCAUUGGGUCCAAGCUCGGUGGCGUCAACUCAGGAGUGGUGGUCACUUUGCCCAGGUCGACGAUCAGAUUGUCUCAAGGGUCGCACUUCUAUCGCACGGUAGCCGGUGGACCAAGAAGUCUGAAGUUUUCAAGUUCUGUCCUUGUUGAAAAGUCUCGGUGGUUGUGCACGUCGGCAGAAAAACAAGCAGCUCAAGAGUUGACUGCUGAGCAAAUUGAGCUCAAAAAGCUUAACGAGGAGUUGGAGGAAGAGCGAAAAAAGAGUGCAGAGCUACAAGACAAAUACAUGAGAGCCCUAGCUGAAAAUCAGAAUACUCUAAAUCGAAUGAGGAAGCAAGUUGACGAUGCAAAGAUUUAUGGAGUUCAAAAUUUGGUCAAAGACUUGUUAGAGUUUUCAGAUGUAUUGCAAACGGCUUUAGAAAGUACACCGAAAGAUCAAGUCACGGAAAGCAAUAUUCAUUUGAAAAACCUGCACAUCGGGUUGACGAUGGUGUCGUCGUCGCUACAAAAGGUCUUUAAGAAGUACGGAGUGCAAGUGAUAGACCCUCUUGGCGAGAAGUUCAACCCCAAUUUGCACGAAGCUCUCUUCCAACAGGAAGUGGAAAAUAAGGAGGCUGGAACGGUAGUCGCUGUGUCUAAAAUCGGCUACAAACUGAGCGACCGAGUGAUAAGGCCAGCGCUGGUUGGAGUUGCAAAGUGAAGCAUUUAACUUCAUUAAUAGAGGAUUGAUUUCAAGUAAUGGUCAUUGACCUUUUUAGGACUCAUUCAAGACUGUAGCUAAUUUGUACCUAUUUGAAGUUACAGUCUGAAACUAUACUUUUGUUUUGUCUCAAAUUUGUGUCCGAAGCACUUGAAAUUGAGCUCUGUAUGUUAAUAAAGGAGAAUAAAAAUGUUAUUUUGAUA